GCAAGUGCAUUUGACCCGGAUGCACUUUCGUUUUCGGUGCCGAGUACACAAAUUGCAACGUAAACACCAUGUAAAAACAAUGAUUUCAUAAUUUAAGACAUUCCGAAUCGGUCAGAAUCUCCCUCGCGUACCAUGUAGUGACUCGUAUUGGGAUGUGGACGUUUCGCUUCAGGAGAAGUCGGCAAACAUGUUCUUCCAAAACGUGCAAUUUGGAUUUACGCGUUCCAGAUAACGUCGAGUAACCUCCAGCUAGAGGAAGGAUGGACCCUCGCGGCAGGAGGCACGAGCGGGGCAGCAACUGGACCGAUCAAGAGAUCGUAGAGCUACUCCAGCUGUGGUCCGACGAGUCCAUCCAGAUAGAAUUGGAGAGCUCAUUGCGCAACCAACGUGUGUUUGACCGCAUCGCGCUCAUUCUGCGCGAAAAGGGCAUAUAUCGUACAGGCGACCAGUGCAGGGAGAAGAUCAAAAAGAUGAAACUGGAGUACCGUCGUAUUAAGGACAACCACAAGAUGAGAUCUUGGAAAUUUUACGACGUGAUGGAUCGCGUUAUAACCAACCGACCGGCUAUCACAUACUCCACUAUGGGUGGAACAGUAGUUGCACAGCAAGUUUUUCACAGCCCAGGAGGAUAUGACUCGUUCCUGCAGGGAAGCUCCUCACUAGGUUCCUUUGGUCCAGCUUCUUCAGGUGGGUUUCUGUUUGGUCAGCCCCCUAAGACUGGAGACCCACUGGAUGUAAAAUGUGAGGAUGUUGAGGAAAGUCUGUUGAACACUGAUAUUGCACAACCAGAUAUGUAUUACAGAUCAGGAGAUGAACAGGAAACCGAUGGACAAUCUUUACUGGAAACAGAGGAUACACUGGGUCAAGGAGAAAAUUCUGCUCAUUCAAGAAUUUCACCUUCAGACAAUGUUCCUGUGCCACAUGAUGCAUCUAAGGAGGGCCUCCGUCCCCUGGCUGCAGUAAGACAAAGGAGGCGUCGUAAAGCAGGAAAAACCGCCUGUAGCCACGGAAGUGGGAAAUGUGGCAGCCAGGGGCCUCUCGACAAAGCGCUCGCCAGCUUCCUCGUGUGGCAGCGGUGUGCCGAAGAUCGCCUCCUUUCCCUGGAGGAGGCACGGCUAGAGAAAGAGUUGCAAGCUGAUGAGCGGAGACAGCACCAAGAAGAGAGGAGAGUAGAACAAGACCGCCAGCAUGAGCUGCGCCUGUUCAGCAUGCUUACUGGGGCAUUAGCCGCAGUCAGACAGGGUGCUGUGACCACAGAAUCAACACCCAGCAACACUCCUGUCUCCCUGGUAGAUCCUGAGUCAGCUUUACUGACUACAUCAGCUGCCUCCUCAGUGCCAUGCGCAUCGGAGCCACAUGCCCUUGCGCACACGGUUUCAACUAAGGAGACAAUAAAGUUGAGGUCGCACCCAUCAUCCAAGGUCUGCACACCAACUGAGAGGGCUUUGGCAUCUGUGAGCGGUGAAAAGUCUCCUGAGCCCAGCAUGUACCUGUCCAACCGCGGUAACAGCAUCCGACAGCAUCGAGCCAUUCUCCAGGAAGGCUUUGCUCAGUAUGGAGCGAACAGAUAUGACAUAGACAACCCUAAUGGUGUCAUCAACAUGGGCACAAGUGAAAACAAGCUCUGCUAUGAUCUUCUUCAUAAAAGGUUGACCCAGUCUGACAUGCUCCAUGUUGACCCAGCACUGUUGCAAUAUGGUGACUGGAGGGGACAUGCAUUCCUGAGAGAAGUGGUUGCAAAGUUUCUCACUCACUACUGCCGUUGUCCAAAGCCAUUGAAAGCUGACAAUGUUGUGGUGAUGAAUGGAUGUAGUGCCCUUUUCUCAUGCAUUGCAGCAGUCAUUUGUGACCCCAAAGAUGCCAUUCUCAUUCCAAGUCCCUUCUAUGGUGUUAUUACUGAGGAUCUGCAGUUGUACAGUGAUGUCAAGUUGUUUCAUGCCCCUCUCGACUGUGAGGAUAGUAACAAAGAUGACCGACCUUUUCACCUCACCGUGAGCAAGCUGGAUGAAGCUAUACAAAGGGCUAAGCAAGAGGGGGCGAACAUUCGGGCUAUUAUACUGAUGAACCCCCACAAUCCUCUUGCCGAGAUCUACAGCCCAAAGGAGAUGCUUUCCUUCUUGGAGUUUGCCAAAAGAAAUGAGCUCCAUGCCAUCGUAGAUGAAGUUUACAUGCUGACCGUGUUUGAUGAGUCAGUUACAUUUCAUAGUGUCCUCAGUCUGGAUAGUUUGCCCGACCCACAGAGGACACAUAUAAUGUGGGGGCUGAGCAAGGACUUUGCAAUGGCUGGAAACAGACUAGGCACUCUGUAUACCGAGAACCUAGACCUUGUGGAGGCUUUGGCCCAAUUGGGCUCAUUCCAUGGUAUCUCAGGGACAACUCAGCACCAGGUUGCACAACUUCUCCAGGACCAAGAGUGGAUAAGCAAAAAGUUUUUGCCUGAGAAUAGACGCAGAUUGAAAGCUGCUCACCGCUACCUGACAGAUGAGUUGCAGACAAUGGACAUUCACUACCUGGACAGGCCUGCUGCUUUGUAUGUGUGGGCUGACUUCAGGAAGUUUCUCAGAGCACCAUCAUUUGAGGAGGAGUUGUGUAUGUGGCGGUGCUUCCUCAAACACAAAGUGGUAUUGAGCUGUGGGCAAGCCUUCUCCUGCUCUACACCUGGCUGGUUUCGCAUCGUAUUUGCCAACCAGCAGCACCACCUUCAACUUGGACUGAAAAGAAUUAGAGAGGCCUUAAAAGAAAUCAAAGAAAGCAGUGCCGACAGGGAUUCAUCCAUUGUCAAAGAAGCCAGUGAAGAAAACAGGAGACCGGUGAAAGAGGACUGUGCUCCUUCAGACAAUGUCAUUAUUGAAAAUUCCACUUCAUCCCCCCAUAGCAAGUCAGCUGACCAGCUGAAAGAGAAGGCAUGUUCUGUUCCUGACACGAGUUCUCUGGGACCCGAUGAGUUUGUGUUGCAUGACUGCCAAGCCUCUAAGCCUGCAGAGAACCUUGACUCACUGAUUGGUACGCUGAAGCAACAAAUCCGCUCCUCCAAUUGGCUAGAAAAAAACACGCCAGAACGGUCUGCGGGGGAGGACCCAGAGAUUCUUGAUGUGUUUAAAGCCCUGUUGGAACGAGCCAGAAAGUAAGUUAUGGACAAACAGGCGAAUAUGUGACUGCCAAAUUACAGCACACAGCCCUUAAGAAUCUCUGAAAUCACUUUAUCUUCAUGGCAAAAAGCUUGACGAGAACAGGCGGCAGGAGGCGGUUGAUUUUUGACCGUCCCUUUUUUGGAAAGUUACUGCUGAGAAAAGGACAAGAAGAAUAGGGAAGUUUUGAGAUGAGAUUGUAUAACUGGAAUGAUGCCUUAUAGUUAAGUGUUGAUCAGAGACUGGUUUUCCAUUUAUAAUUCAUCCAUAUUCAGAAUGUUAGUAGGGUAAAUUAUAUCCCAAUGUAACUCAAUCAAAAUUAUUUCAUCAAAUUAAUUAUGAGCCAAUUUCCUUUUAUUUCAAUGUUCCUUGUAUGCACUUUAUUAUGAAACUUUUACUUUACUGAACAAUAUGUUGAUAGUCUUUGCAGUAUAGUUAUACAAUGUAUUUUAUGUACAAAAGUAUUAAAGUGGCACUAAGGAAGCACAAAAAAAUGACAUGUAAAUUUGACACACCGCAGAGAAGAGUAAUGUUAACAAGCCUGCCAUCUUUUAAAAAUCGCUGAGUGUCUAAAAUAAGGUUUCAAACCUUGAAUAAUAGGGCCACAUCUCCACUCUCAGAUGCUGUGUGUGUGUCGAAAGGGCACGCCAAAAGGAAUCAAAUAUUCUGAGGGGGUGAUAGCUUAUAAAAUGUAAAAUCCCAUAAAGAGGCUCAACUUCAAAACUGAAUAGAUAUACCUAUAUAUGACAACAGUAGGACGGGAGAAGGAAGCCCGUAUCAUUAGAUAGUCGGCACGCCCCCAUUCACUAGUAUCAAGUUAACCACGAACCCAUGUUGUCUCUGGUGAAACUAUGCAAAACCACAUCCAUCCAUCCAUCUUCUAUCGUCUAUUGAAGGUUGGGUCGUGGGGCAGUAGCUUUAGCAGGGAUGCGCAGACUUCCCUUUCCCCACCCACCUCAAACGCAAUAUUUUUGUGAGAUUCAGCAGGCUACAAUUCGCUGGCUGAAAUUCAACUAGCUACAAUUCGCUGUCUGAAAUUCACUGUCUAAAUUCAGUGUUAGUCACGUGAUGUCACAUACUAAGAAAGCGUAACUCGAUUGGCUGUGUGUUGGGUUAAGACCUCAAGUAACCCUGCCUUCUUAACACUGAAUUUAGAUGGUGUAUUUCAGAGAGCAAAUUGUUGCCAGUUGAAUCUCAGAAGACUGAAAAUAUUGCGUUUAAAUUUUUUUAUAUGGCAAAUUUGUUAACAUUGAAAUGUUAAACUGAAAUACACCUAUUGGAAAAGGUGAUCGCUUUGACAAUGUGAAUUUUACAACAUAAAACUUUCAGUGGCAUUUUUAAUUAAAAUCCUGGUGACACAAUUUACUUUCAUAAUCCAUCACUUUUUCUUUUACUUAUAUAAACUUACCCCCAAAGUCAUUGCUCUGUUGAAAGUUUACAAAACUGUCGAUUGUACAAUACACACUGCAGAGUUCUGUUGAUGUUGAACUUGCCAUCUGCUUGUCUUUAAAAAGUCAAUUCGUCACUUUUUAUUUCCGAAUUUUUGUGGAGCUUCGAAAAAAUGUCACUGAGCUGUUCUGUAAAUGGAGGCAUCCAGUGAAGACAUAUUUUCAAGCAAUCGUUCGCUUGCUAACUGCACGCUGCAGCGGUAAAUGGGCCUUGUUAUGGACCCUAAGCAUAGGUAUCUCUCAACUGAGCAGCCAAACGAAACAACAGCACUUUGUCCAUGCAGUUGGGCAAAACGGUAUUUAGUCAGGCACCAAUUGUGUAAGUUCUCCACUUAACAAGAUUAAAGAGGCCUUUUUUUCCGUCAUAGAUAUACCCCACCUGUGAGAGACAAAGUGAGGAAAAAAAUACUGAAAAUCACAUCUGAUUUUUAUAAUUUAUUAGGAAAUUGUAGCAAAUUAGUAUUUGGUCAUCUAGAAACAAGCAAGACUUCUGGCUCUCAUAAACCUGUAACUUCUGUUAGAGGCACCUCUGUCCUCCACCUGUGACCUGUGUUAAUGGCACCUGUUUGAACUCAUUAGUAUAAAAGACACCUGUCCACACUCCAAACUCCACUAUGGCCAAGACCAAAGAUCUGAGACCAAAGGAAACCAGAAACAUAAUCGUGGACCUGCACCAGAGUAGGAAGACUGAAAAUGCUAAAGGACAGUCAAUCAAGAAAUCAACCGUGGGAGCAAUUAUUAGAAAAUAGAAGAUAUACAAUAUCACGGCUAAUCUCCCUCAAUCUGGGUCUCCACGCAAGAUCUUAUCACGUGGGGUCAAAAUUUUCAUAAGAAUGGUCAGCAAAAAUCCGAGAAUCACACCGGGAAACUUAGUGAAUGACCUGCAAAGAGCUGGGAUCAAAGUAACAAAGACUACCAUCAGUAACACACUACGCUACCAGGGACUCAAAUCUUGCGGUGCCAGACGUGUCGCUUUGCUUAAACCUGUACAUGUCUAGGCCUGUCUGAAGUUUGCAAGAGAGUAUUUGGAUGAUCCAGAAUAGGAUUGGAAGAAUGUCAUAUGGUCAAUUAGGUAGGUAAAUUAGAAAUUUUGGUAAAAACUCAACUUGGAGUCCUUGGUGAAGAAAGAAUGCGGCUUUGCAUCCAAAGAAUACCAUACCUACUGUGAAGCAUGGGGGUAGAAACAAACUUUGAGACUGAUAUUCUGAAAAGGGACCGGGAUGCCUGAUCCAUGUUAAAGUGUAUGGAAUGUCUAAUUUCUAACGGAAAUUGUAUUAUUUAGGUGAAAAUAUAUAUUAUUCAACUGUUCCAUAAAAUGUAUAUUCUGUUUGAUGUUUUUAACAAAAAAUAUUGGUGUUUAUGAAUUAAACUCUGUGAACUUUGACCUAGUUUCUCUUA